ACAGAGUGAAGACUGCGCCAUGUGCCAGAGAAAGAAAAAACAGUCCCUAAUUCUGCCCUUCCAUCGGGCUCCAAAAUUCUUGCGGUUUAAUCCCUACAUCAAGAAGGGGUACCGGGCAAAUCUCUCCACAUUUGAAUGCUUCCGAAGUCUCCUGUGGUGGACAAAUGAGACGCUGAACAUAUGGUCUCACAUUGCCGGGUUUGUUGUGUUUUUCGGCUUAUUUCUUUAUGAUGUAAAUGUUGUGUACUACAAGUACCAAGCCACAGAGAAUGAUGCGGUAGUUGCUUCCUUUGUGCUGCUGUGUUUCAUGACCUGCAUGAUUCUCUCCUCCCUUUACCAUACCUUAAAUUGUCGCUCAGAAGAAUCUUGUCGAAAGUGGCUCUCUUAUGACAUCUUUGGCAUAUCGGCGUCUUUCUUUGCCAUCUUUCUCAGUGGGAUUUACUAUGGAUUUUGGUGCCCUGAGGUUGAUGGGUCAGGAGUGGGAAUGGGCACGAGUGACACUAUUUACAGGCUGGGCUGUGUCAGGUCUCUUGCCCACCAUUCACUGGACACUCCUACAUGGGGGCGUCAGCACGGGUAUAGUCCAGGUUUUCUUGCCCCGUAUAUUGAUGAUGUAUGCCAUCAGUGGAACAGCCGUAGUUGUCUACGUGUGGAAAAUACCAGAGAGAUAUUUUCCGGGUCGCUUUGACUUCAUUGGGUCUUCUCACCAGCUGUGGCACCUCAUCAUAGUUGCAGCCCUGGUCUACUGGCACCAGACGGGUUUGGAGUAUGCCUACUACAGAAUGGUAUUUGGCUGUAGUGGCAUUUCUGCAAAGGAAUAACGGCAUUCGUCUUUUCUUAUCUGUGAUAUUUGGUUACUUAACAGAAAGGCAAGAGUCUUCGCUAAAUAAGGUUGUUGUUUUGUUUUGCGUCGUUGCAGCUAUUGUUGUUGUGUAUAUUGGUUGUUAUGUUCUUUGUGUUUUAGUUGUAAUUCCAGUGCAGACUUAUUAUUUUCCCUGUUUGAAUGGUUUUUGAUCUCAAUCAGGGGUAGAUGAAUGCUGUCUUGAAAGGGGUCAAAAAUAACAUAUCAAGUACAUUGAAACAAAGAAAGUACUUUUAUAAGCCUCACUGCUCUGCUGGUUCUGUUAUUUUUAGCUGGCCAAGGACAAGUUUGGAAUCUAAAGUAGAGUAAAGGAUUGGAAAAGGAAAUUAAGGAUUUUUUCUCUGUUGUUAUCAAAACACUCCUUUUGGGGAAAUGGUGUCUGCCCACUAUGCACAUUAUUAUUAAUGAAAGGAUAAGUGUGAGUAACAUGAACUGUAGGUUUUGAGGGGCAGGUGGUUAUGAAUAAUGUUAAUUAUUUUUAUAUCUCUUUCUCACAUAAAGAGGUCAUCAGAUGGGGGAGAUUUUUUUUUUUUUUUUUGUGGUGAGCAUGAAUAGAAAUAUUACAUAUUUUUAGAAGAAAUAACAAUGAUGAUAAUCAAAUGUUCAGAGUCUUCCAAGUUUUUGCUACCUCAAGAGAGUCCAGGUAUUGGCCUAUAUCAUACUGAUCGUGCAAUAAUUUCUACGCAUAUGUAAAUGUUUUUGAAUGUUAAAGUGUCAUGCAGAGUUUCUAUGAGGGAAGCCAAGGUGAUUAUGUGAUUUUUUCAAAAAUAAAAGCAGAAAUAAAAAGAAAAUAAGAUUCAGUAAGAAUAUGUAUAUAAAUGAAUGUCAUAUCAUUUUUGUACGUUGUGAAUAUCAGUAUUUCUCACCUAUUACUACUCUGUGAUAUCAAGCUCUCCUUGAUUGAAAAAUAUACUCACUGCACUUGGGAGGUGUAGAAAAAAUGGAGGGAACUUGUGAAAACUUAAUGGCAAUAAGAAAACUCAAGUAAGGUGCUUUAUCAUAACUGGUUUUCUUAACCCUUUCCUUUGUAAGUAUGAGUCUGUCAGGUAAGAAGUCUUUUUCCCCUUAAAGUAUAUCCCUUAAGUAAAAGGUAUAGGUGAUAAAAGUGUCAACAAAAAUCAGUCCACUUUAUCUGUUGGAGCAGGGAAUUCUAGACCUGAAUAUUUUAUUUCAUUAAUAUGUAGGUAGACAUUCAUGAAAAGCCAUCCUCGUCAGUACCCUGAACAUUCUCCAUCCUUCAGCUCCUCCUGCCAUCCCUGUCUGUGGGCAUCCAUUGUAGAUCUCAUUGCUGCGUCUAUUUUUGUUGUGAAGCAUUCAAUAUAGUCAAGAUUUGUCUCACUCCUUAAUGACUGACUGCUAUCAUUCCCGGAGAGUAUCCUGUUUUCAUUUCUGAUUCACACCUGUAGCACUCUAUCUAUCAUUAAAAUACCAGUCAAAUACCUUUUUUUAGAAUUUCUGACCAGAUGCCUUCCUGCUUUGUACCCUUUCCUUGUAUCCAACCCUGCGAUUGGCACCUUGGCAGUCUGGCUUGUUUACUAAAGUGGCUUGUUGUUUGUCUAAUUAUGAAAUGAAUCAGAAGAUAGAUAAGUAAUUUUGUAUCUAUGGUAGAUGUUUUUCAGAUUAAAGGUAUUGGUCUUUUCAAUGGUCUUGUUUAUCAGUUCACUGCUGCCAUACUUCUCUGGCUCUCUGACAUUCUAACUGACCCUCCCAAUUAGUUUGUCUCUCCCAAAACUACUUUAUCAGGUGUUUCUCAUGUUCUGAUUUGGUACAAGUAUUUUACUGGAUGCACUGCUUACCAGAACUUUCCCUGUUUUAUGCAGACUUGAGACUUGGACUGAAAUAGGCCUGGUUGAAUUGCCACACACAAUUCAGUAGGCCUCAGAUCUCUGAAACCUCAAUCUGUGGUGCAUUUGUUUAUACUCUGUAUUUCACUACAAGGCAAUCAUUUAUAUAUUGAUUAUCUUUGUGAAAACAUCAUUUUCGGAAUACUAAAGCCUUGUUUUCCACAAAAGCAUUAUAAAAGCAGCUUGGCAAAUUCAUACUUCCAUUUGGUAAAGGGUUAAGGCACUUAUUUGUAGGUGAUAAAUUUGAUAAGUUUCAAGUUAUAGCUCUAGAAUAUUCAGGUAUCUCUGUUUCAUAGGUAGUCAUUAUGUUCUUUAGGGCAAAAAGUUUACAAGUACAAGCAUCAUUAGUAAUUUAAUUUUGAUAUCUGUGCUUGGUAUUUCUUUCUUGUUACACAGUUUUUGUUAUUUUCUGUGGCAUGCAAACUUAUUUUAUUACCAAAGAGACAUUUGUGUUAUUGACAUAAUAGGAAAGGUCUUAUAACACGGGUCAUAUGCAUUUUCGAGUCAUUUAGCUACAGGUACACACCUGCUGUCAUUAACAUAAAAACUAUAUGCUUUAAAAUCUAGACAAGCUGUUAUCCAAUGUAUAAUGUUAAUGAGAGACUGCAAUGUACAUUUUUUGCCCUUUGUGUUUCUGUGCAGCUGUUAAUGUGGCCGUUCACUGUGAAAUGGUUUGAAAUUAUAGAUUAGAUUCAAGUAUUUUAAUUUUAUACUAUUAAGUCAAGGAAAAAUUUUAGCACUUGAUGACCAGUGCUUAUUCUUGGGAAUCUUAUUUAUGCAUCAAGUUGGAACAAUGAUAUCAAGAUGAGGAGGUAUGUAUUAAUGUUUUAAGGAUUUUAAAAGCAUUUAUAUAUUAAUCGGAAGGGUUCACAUGUCGAUACUUUUAUUUGUUCACUGUUAAUGUGCACUUGUAUUUUUUAUGUUUUUAUUGUAUUUUUUUUCCCAAAAUUGGAAGCUUUAGUGUUGGAAAUGUUUAGAUUUUUUUCAUUUUCAUUUUAUAUCAUGUAUUCUAGUUAUUAUAACAAUUUUGACUGAAGAUUGUAGGUAUUAAAAAAAUAUUUUACAGUAGUGUUUUUCUCCCAGUGUUAUAGGCUGUUUGGCAUUUUUUCUCCCGCUAAAACUGCACGAGUGACUUAAAAAUGCAUAGAAUAAAGCAUGUUUGUACUUAAGCCUACUUAUAAGUGACUUAUUACCUUUUGAUUACUUGAUAAUUGUAUCUGAAUCUUGAUAAGUCUAAAAAACUAAUUUAUUCACUAAGUGUACCAUUGAACAAUUUAUUGUAAGAAAUACAAGAAAAGGUAUGAAUGAAAAAAUUUCUUAAUGCAUUAUAACAACAUCUCUGUGUUUGAUCAGAAUUUUGUGAUCAUUUUUGCUUUUCAUUCCUACCUCUUCCUUGAUUAUUAGAGGAGGUGUUGCACUUUUACAAGAGAUUUCUUUUCGUCUGAGAAGGAAAGAGUACACAUUUGUUAUUUAUUAAUUAAUUGUACAGCAUUACAUUUAGUACAGAGUGAAUCUGACUUGUUAUGUGUCUAUCAAGAACUGCUUUUUGUUUAGAUACGGAGGAGGUGCGAUCCAAAGGCUAUUGAAACGUUCUUGGCCUCUGUUCAAAGUGGAUCUUAAAUCAGAAUGCAGGUUAUGUUAUCUUUUAUUCUUUUAUUGUGUUUUGUAAGAGAGGGAGAGGGAGAUAUAUUUUAAUACAAUAGGACACUUGAUACAAAUCAGUUUCUCUGGUUAUAUGUUAAGACAAGACAAUAGGAUAAGUUUGACUUGUGACCAACAGUCACUUUGCUAUCUACACACAAGCUGUCACAAAACAUAUUUCAUUUUAUACAAUAGUAUCUAAUAUAUGUAAUCAUAACUGCAAAUAAACCAGACAUAUUACUUUUGUAGAUAUCACUAAUACCUUCUCUGAACCACACAAAACAAGUCCCUCAGUAUUAAGAUCCUCCUUCUGGUUGACAAGAUGUAGUGCUAUAAAAAGUAUCCAUGCCUUAAUCUUUAAGCUCAUAAAUGUCCGACAGUAAUGCAAAAGGAGAAUAAAUUCCUACUACAUGAAUUAUCAUAGCACUUAUCGUAAAACCCUAAAGGAAAGAUGUACAGGGCUAAAUGAAAUCUCAUCUUGUGACUGGAAAUAAAGCUGAAAGUAUCCUCAGGAUGUUUGAGAUAUAAUUACUGUAACUUCUUUUUAUAGUUUUGAAGGAUGUAGUACAUAGUGUAAUAUCCAUUAUUUCAAUCAUAUAUCUAUAUCACCUGCAUGUUUCAUAGUGAUAAUCUAUGUAUUAUAUUACUUUGUCUCCUAAGUGAUAAGUACGCAAUGCAAGAGGGAUUGGUUAAUCACAUGUAUUUAAGUUUGGUUGUCAAUACAGCUCUUACUAUAGGCUACAGCUGUAAUUAUACAUCAGAUCUGAUUAAGGACCACCAUAGGCUGAUGUAUGAAAUCUUGGCUAUGUCAUUUUUUUCCAUUGCUUUAUCGGAAAACUUAAAUGAAAUGUUUGACUGUGUACUGAAUUAAGAGAGGAAAGCUUGAUAUUAAGGUUACAAAGCUGUUUAAAUUUUUCAGUUCAAAAGUCUGGAUAUGGGUGGAAAGGUAUGAAAUACUCCCUUGUUCUCUCAAGAUGUGCGCAUAAAUUGCCAGAUAAUUUUACCUGUAAAUUUCAUGCAACUGAAUGUAAGAUGAGCUGUACAAUGAAAGCUUCAUGGUUGUCAUUAAGUGAUCUGAAAAACUAAUAUAAUUUAGUACAGAGGCCAUUUAGGAUCAUUCAUUAUGGACGGAGGAUUAAGUACAUUUUACCAUAUGAAUUAAUCAUUUCAGAUAAGGACUAGGAGUGAGCACAAACUGGAUACAGAUCUUUUGAGAUAUUAAGACAGCUCAUUUUGUUAUUUAAGAGGUGUAUUUCAUUCUAGAAAUACAGCUAGGUUGUUCAUACUGAAGUUGAAUACAUUGUAACAAAUCAAAUAGUUUAAAGUUAUUGAAAUUUGUCUGACUUGCAUCUCAGUACUGUUGACAGUUGUAAUGUAACAUAGGUUUGUGCAAUUUUUUUAUUUAUUAACUAUCAACUCUAGAUAAUUUCAAAUAAUCCUUCCAUAUUUAUGCUUAAUUGAAUCCACUACAGUAGAACAAGUAAUAGCAUUAUUUAGUAUCCUGAUACUCUAGUUUUUUUUAAUAUCAUCCCUUUUUAGAUAUAUAAUUAGCACUUCAAUUGAAAGAAUAUUCUUGACUCAGUAAAGGAGACUGUUAGCAUCUUAGUGUGAAAAAUACUGUGUCGGCUCUUCCAUUUCUAACCUUUCUUCCACAGUCUUACGGUAUUUCACAUUACCUAUAUGAUUAGUGGUAACUAAUAUGUAAUACUCUUUACAAAACUCCUACCCUGAUUGAAGUUUUGUAUUUUGUACCAAUUAUUCGCAUUAUUUGAAUAUACUAUUGUGAAGGGGGAGUGUCUUUCAUAACGAACAAGAAUAUUAAUUCAAGGAAAUUGGUACUGUUUAAGAAAAGCAAAUUUCACAGUGUGUUUAUUUGCACAAAUUUCCCUCCUCAUUAAUAUUAACCAUAGAAGUUGGUUUGAAUUUGCCGAUUCUUACGUCAGUCUGGUAGUAUUGCAUGAUAAGUAAUAAGGUCAUUUCAUCUCUGUUGUGAUUGCAAUGAGGUUUGCACUUGCCUUGCUUCAUACUGAUUUCAAAGAAUAUUUGAUUAGUGAUAGAAUUAUACAUUAUGCAGUAGUUCAUAUGAUAUUCAUUUGUCAAAGGAAAUUAUAUUUAGAAUACUACUGCAUUACUGUACAACCAUCAGCCUCAUAUGUUGAUUUAUCAAAUGAAUGAAAUACUAAAUAAAAUAUGUCACAAGUA